CGGGGGCGGGGCGUCCGGGCGCGGUUUGAAAAUCCGGGAGCCGAGGCCUUCCGCUCAGUUGGCUUUUCGGUUGGGGGUCGCGGAGGUGGGGUAGUGUGCGGUCGGGCCGAGACGCGGGGUGCAAUGGCGACCUUUGUGAGCGAACUGGAGGCGGCCAAGAAGAACUUGAGCGAGGCCCUGGGGGACAACGUGAAGCAAUACUGGGCUAACUUAAAGUUGUGGUUCAAGCAGAAGAUCAGCAAGGAAGAGUUUGACCUGGAAGCUCAUAGACUUCUCACACAGGACAAUGUUCAUUCUCACAAUGAUUUCCUCCUGGCCAUUCUCACGCGUUGUCAGAUUUUGGUUUCUACACCAGAAGGUGCUGGAUCUUUGCCCUGGACUGGGGGCUCUGCAGCCAAACCUGGAAAACCCAAGGCCAAGAAAAAGCUUUCUUCCGUUCGUCAGAAAUUUGAUCAUAGAUUCCAGCCUCAGAAUCCCCUCUCUGGAGCUCAGCAGUUUGUGGCCAAGGAUCCCCAAGACGACGACGACCUGAAGCUGUGCUCCCACACAAUGAUGCUCCCCACCCGAGGUCAGCUGGAGGGGAGGAUGAUAGUGACUGCCUACGAGCAUGGGCUGGACAAUGUGACCGAGGAGGCCGUGUCAGCUGUGGUCUACGCGGUGGAGAAUCACCUUAAAGAUAUAUUGACCUCAGUUGUGUCCAGAAGGAAAGCCUAUCGGUUACGAGACGGGCAUUUUAAAUACGCCUUUGGAAGUAAUGUCAUCCCACAGCCUUACCUGAAGAACAGUGUGGUAGCUUACAACAACUUAAUAGAAAACCCUCCAGCCUUUUCUGCUCCCUUUGCGGGUCAGAAUCCGUCUUCUCACCCACCCCCUGAUGAUGCUGAGCAGCAGGCUGCACUCUUGCUGGCUUGCUCUGGGGAUACACUGCCUGCAUCUCUGCCUCCAGUGAACAUGUAUGACCUUUUUGAAGCUUUGCAGGUACACAGGGAAGUCAUUCCUACACAUACUGUGUAUGCCCUUAACAUCGAAAGAAUCAUCAUGAAACUCUGGCACCCAAAUCACGAAGAGCUGCAGCAAGACAAAAUCCACCGCCAGCGCUUGGCAGCCAAGGAAGGGCUUUUGCUCUGCUGAGUUAGGGUUUGAGGGUAUGGGAUGCUCACCAGAUUCACUGAUUAUUGAAAGCUGAAUGUUCUGAGGUUCACAUUUCAAGGUUGAAAUGUAUAGUAUAUAUAUAAAACCUUUCCUAUGGAAAUGCAACCUUGAGUACACUUUGUGUUGCUACUAUGAAGCCAUUAAUAUAAAUCUAUGUGAUAUUGACCCAUGUUUCUAUGUAUUUGUUCCCAUUGAUGGGAGCAGGCAUUGAAGACAUUCUGUGCCUGGAAUGGGAUGUUUAGGCCUCUGCAUCGUGGUGUCCUAUGGUCUACAUAUAAGAUAGCUGACACCCUAAAGAAGCUGUCAUAGCUCAGUCUGCAUGAUAGCAGGACAUUGUGUCUGCCAGGUUUUUGCCUGUGCUGAAGAACUGUACUCAUGCCUUUUGGUUGAAAUAAACUAUACAGUGUUAAAAGUCAGAUACCUCCUUUAAUAACCCAUUUUAAUUUUGCACAGCUACACAUAGUCCCAACAGUUUAACUGUAUACAAAUGAUAUGGAAAGGCUGUGCUAGUAUACAAAAGUCAAAUCCUUUCUUCACAUGCAAAACCAAAAUCAAAACAAACAAAACUCUUGGAAUGUAAUUAAUCUUCUAAAAUGUAUUCCAGUACCUGAAGUUUCUUUUAGCGUUUAUCUGUCCAAAGACUGAAGGACAUGCUUAUUUAUUCCUGUAGAAUGUGUUAAGAUACCUAUUUGAACAAAUUGGAUUUAUGCUGGGUUAUUCUAUUAAGUAGCUAUUUCUAUCCUUUCAAAGUCAUAAAGUGAAAAUAAUUUACACUUGACAGUGUUACUGAUAACCAGCUGUUUUAUUUGGCUGUUUGUUUUACAUACGUUGCCUUUUAGUCAUGGGUAGUGUUGUAUAGAUGGAUUUAUGGAGUUCUAAAUAAUGCAUAUAUAGAUUUGUGUAUAUGGUUCACAUACCUGGAUCUGUGUAUUUGAUUUUGUACUUUAAAUGUAACAAAUAAAUAUUCUGGGAGAAAA